AUGGGAGAGGAAAACGAAGUGUCGUGCAAGCCCAGGAAGAAGCCGAGAUCCAGAAUGAUGGUGACUGGUCCUCAACACCUUCUACAGCGUCCAGAAAGGUAUCUCCACUGCGAAAGGCCAACUUUGUCAGUGAGUGACCCAGUGAAUUUUCCGGUUUGGAAAUGUCGUGCCCAUUCACUGGAACAUGGAGGUACGCUUGACGCCACCACAUCCACACUUGAGCCUUCGGUCGAACGGACUCUUUCCCAGGAGUGCCCCGAAGGCAGAAGGGAAAGCGUCUACCGAAAUCUGCCUGAAGUGGUGUUGCUUCCUACAACAUAUUUCGGGAUAUCGGCUCACAAUCCCUGUGCAAGCUCGAACCGCGCGGCCAUUGAACCAGCCAAUCAGAGGUGUACGCGUCUUUCGCCCGCGGAAGCUGAACUAUCCACGAGGAAGACCUAUCGAUCACCUAAAAUGCGACCAAGGUUGGGUAGCCUCGCCCACGAAAAACGACGUCGAGCGCAAUCCGAGCCGAGGCGACUGUCGGUCACUUCGGUUCCAUUCGUCGAUCCACAGCUAGUGCGACGUCCACGUCUUGCUUCGUCUGACCGCGUAACUGAUGCAAUCAUUAUCGUCAUCAUCAUUGUCGUUAGUAAUUCUGUUGUGCUAAGUCCCCAUACCGUGCUUGCCCCCGUAGCCAAUGAGAAGUUUGGAGUAGUUAAUCAGUUAUCGAUUACUUUCUGUAAUAAUACCAUCCACAGAAAUGCCACGGAUGACGCCAUUCCUUAUGCCGAACCUGCUGGAGUGUUCACUCAACCCAAACUCUGUUGUUGUGUGUUUUUUUCUCCAGAAAAUAAUAUCGACGAGAAGAAGGAGGGUCGCAAGGAAUCAGAGGCCCUGAAAGCGGCCAAAGAAGUCACCAAAGUGAGUCAGAAUGUGGCUGACGCCGCGUCAGUGGCCGGUGCCACGGGCUUCCGUGCGUCCGACAUCCGAAAUCGCUUCGAAAAGGGCGAAAGCUUUGACCAGGAGAAGUCGAAGGAGACCAAGAAGCGCAAAACCAAGCUCAAGUACGCAGGAGUGGGCAGCAUGAAGGACAAGCUCUUGCAGGAGGCCAACAAACAGGUGAAUGGAUCGAAAGAUCCGACGAAGUUGAAGGAGAUCACCCCGCCGAGAGAGGGUGUCGCCGUGGGGGUCCUCGAAAGUCAACCUCAAGCCAGACCGGAGGGUGUUGAGGGACCGACUACCGGCGAUGCCACGGUAACUGAUUACAUCGGCAUUGGAAAGAAGACCAAGGACGUCCGAGAACGUUUCAGGCAACUCGAAAAAACUGGAGGUGUUAUCGAGGAAGAAGAAGGAGAGAAAAGGACGAUUGACCCCGAGGAAUUCCGACAGGCCACUACGGAGGCAACGCGAUCCGCGAAGGCCAGGUGGAAAGAUAUCGAGUCAGGCAAAGUGGAGACAAGGAUCGAGAAGACUAAAGUGGACCUCGGAAGUGGCACGCACGGGGGUGUCUACGAGAACGAGCCGGACAGUCUGCUGGGCAUCGCGAGGGGGGAGGAGAAGGAGGACGCCCCCCACCUGGUUGUGACGACAAGUGCGGCCGAGCGGAAAAACGCCUUCCUCAAAAAGGCCUCCGAGGAGGGCAAAAUUAAGCGCCUCGACCCCAAGGUUGGUUGCCAAGAGCUAGCAAGCAGGGAGAAAAAUACGGUCUUCGAGAGCACGCCGGCAGCCCGUCCCGAGGACGUCGUCGCGGCCGGAUCCACCGUGGACGACUUCUUGAACCUCUCGGGCGCCAAGUCAAUCCGCGAGAAGUUCCAGGACCCGAGCAAGCUUCAACACGAAGUCAAGAAGACGACCAUAGAACUUCGCGGUGAGGGGGGUGUGUACGAGAAUGAGCCGGAACAACGCGAUGAUGUCGUUCGAGGAGGUGACCUUGACGAAGCUCCCAGUCCGGGAGACGUGAAGUGGGCAAGUGCUGCCAAGGAGCGCUUCAUGAAGGACGCCGAGGAGCGGUCCAAGGCAGUCCGAAGUCAGAAAGUGGUGUUGGUCGAGGGAGCGGUAGGGCCAACGGUGUACGAAAGCCAGCCGACGAAUUCAGCCGCAGACGCAAAGGCCGAUCAAGAGGAGGAUGAGCAUCUUGUCGGCGCGUUUGCCACGAGUGCUAGACAACGCUUUUUGGAGAAGCAGAGGGAAGCGGAGGAGGCCAGCAAGAAGUCGACUCCUGGCAUGGCAACUGCUCAUCAAGAGGGCGUGGUCGUUUCAGGCAUGUACUCCGACGAUGAAGAGGAUGAAGAAGAGGAGGAGUAG